CUUACUUCGUCUACUGUAUUUGGAGUGAGUGUAGAGAAGACUUGAGCGUGUAGAGGCAGAGGAUGUGAGUUUGUUGACUGAAAAAGGAUAACUGUGAAGUUGACUACGGAUUGACUACGAAGAGAUUCUGUGUUUGAUCGAACUUGGAAGUUGGCUAAGUGACUAUACUCACAUGACAAGAUGGUUAAGACGAUACAGUUGUAUGGAUUCCCUUCUGGUUUAUCCGCAGAAGCAGUUUCGGAAUUUUUGGAGCCAAUUACAGGAAAAGAAUCUGUUUAUGCUGUGAAAUUAAGAGAAGCCCAAAAUAAGAGAAUGUAUUAUGCUAUUGUCCAGUUUGCCAAGUCCAAUGAUGCUGAGGAUAUUAUCUCCAUGGCCAACAACAAUGCCCUGAGGUAUGGGAGGAACUAUCUGAAUGCUCGGAAGAUGGAGCGUGACAUUGUACCGAGGCCAAGAACCUUUUUGCAUAGGUUGGAAGACAUAGGAUUGCAUUUUGGCUGCAAGAUUGCGCAUGAAAAGUUACAUGUUCUGUGGACUGCGAAUGAUGUUUCUGUGGACUUUGGGAUUAAACUGCGAAAAUUUAUUUUUCUUCUGAAAUAUCAUGAUUUGGAAUAUAAGCUUCAACUCUCCUAUGAGAACAUUUAUAAGAUCGAGGUGCAUUCUCCACGUGGUCGUACUGCUGCUAAGUAUCUUCUGAUUCAGUUAUGCGGAGCACCUCGGAUUUAUAAGAAAGACGUACGCUGUUCAGGAGAAGUAUACGAAAACCCUUUUCUGAACUAUUUCAGGGAUACCCCUGAUGACCAAUGGGUCCGCACAACUGAUUUUACUCCACCACGCGCUAUUGGGCAGUCUUUUACAUUAUGUUUGGAGCUUCCUUAUGGUCUCAAACUUCCAGAUUUUCAAGAAAACUUUCCUGAGUAUAAGGAGAGUAUAGGGGAAUACAUCUUGGAGAGUGGUUCCUCUUAUUCUUGCAACCCUGAUCUCGGCGCCAUGGUUUGCCCUCCUCCAGGUGUCGAUGUGCCAUAUGAUAUCUUGUUUAAAGUAAACUCUCUGGUUCAGCAUGGGUAUCUUCCAGGGCCAGCACUUGAUGUUACUUUUUUUAGGUUGCUUGAUCCACGCAGGAUGAACAUGAACCUUGCCUGUAUAGAGUUUGCCCUAGAGAAAUUGUUUCAUUUAAAAGAGAGCUGCUCUGAACCUUCAGUGUGGCUUAAAGAGCAGUAUAGGAAGUACCUCACAUCAAAGAAACCUCCACUGUCACCCAUCAUGUCCUUAGAUUCUGGGUUGGUAUAUGUACGCAGGGUGCAAAUCACAUCAUGUCAAGUAUAUUGUUGUGGUCCAGAGGUCAACGUCUCAAAUCGUGUACUACGCAAUUAUCCAGGUGAUAUUGACAACUUCAUUCGUGUUUCAUUUGUUGAUGAGGAGCUGGAUAAACUUUUUGCAUCAGAUUUAUCUCCGCGUACGUCCAAUGCAAACGGGGAGAACAAAACUGACAUCUACAAAAGGAUUCUUUCUAUUCUCAGAAACGGCAUAGUAAUUGGUGAAAAGAAAUUUGAAUUUCUUGCAUUCUCGUCAAGUCAACUGCGGGAGAAUUCAAUGUGGAUGUUUGCUUCAAGACGGGGACUUACUGCUGCUGAUAUAAGAGAGUGGAUGGGGAAUUUUUGUGAUAUAAGAAAUGUGGCAAAAUAUGCUGCCAGAUUGGGUCAAUCCUUUGGUUCUUCUACCGAAACUCUAAAUGUUGGCGAACAUGAAAUUGAAGUUAUUCCUGAUGUAGUCAGUUGUGAUAAUAAAUAUGUCUUCUCUGAUGGGAUUGGGAAAAUUUCUGCUGAUUUUGCUAAGAAAGUGGCCGUGAAAUGUGGCUUUAAAGGGUGCACUCCAUCUGCCUUUCAGAUUCGAUAUGGUGGGUACAAAGGUGUGGUGGCUGUUGAUCGGACUUCAUAUAAGAAAUUAUCAUUGAGGAGAAGUAUGCAGAAGUAUGAAUCAGAACAUACAAAGUUGGAUGUUUUAGCAUGUAGCAAGUUUCAGCCUUGUUUCCUGAACCGCCAGUUGAUAACUCUUUUAUCUACCCUUGGGAUUCAGAAUCGUGUCUUCUUGGAAAAACAAAGGGCAGCUGUACAACAAUUGGAUGCUAUGUUGACUGACCCAUUAAAAGCACAGGAGGCUCUGGAUAUGAUGUAUGCAGGAGAGAGUACAAACAUCCUUAAGGAAUUGCUCAUGUGUGGUUAUAAACCUGAUGUUGAACCAUUUAUUUCAAUGAUGCUGCAAACAUUCCGGGCAUCAAAGUUGUUAGAGUUGCGGACCAAAACAAGAAUCCUUAUUCCAGAUGGAAGGGCAAUGAUGGGAUGUCUAGAUGAAACUAGAACAUUGGAAUAUGGUGAGGUGUUUGUGCAAUUCUCUGGUAAAAGACAUAUUGGAAGUGAAUCGAACCAGCAAUUCAUUAUUGAGGGAAAGGUAGUUGUUGCGAAGAACCCUUGUUUACACCCUGGCGAUGUCCGUGUUUUGAAGGCUGUGGAUGUGCCGGAGUUGUAUCAUAUGGUGGAUUGUGUUGUUUUUCCACAAAAGGGCCCAAGGCCUCAUCCAAAUGAAUGUUCUGGAAGUGAUCUUGAUGGGGAUAUCUACUUUGUCUGUUGGGAUGAUGAAUUGAUUCCUUCUGGGCAAAUCCAACCAAUGGAUUAUACCCCGGCACCACCUAUAGAAUUGGAUCAUGAUGUCACAAUUGAGGAAGUUGAGGAAUAUUUUGUGAACUACAUGGUCAAUGAUAGCUUGGGCAUAAUUGCCAAUGCCCACACUGCUUUUGCAGACAGAGAGCCUUCAAAAGCAAUGAGCAAGCCGUGUAUAGAGCUUGCAAAGCUAUUUUCAAUUGCUGUUGACUUUCCAAAAACUGGUGUGCCAGCUAUAAUACCUCAACAUCUUCGUGUGAAGGAGUUUCCAGAUUUCAUGGAAAAGCCUGAUAAACCCACCUAUCAAUCAUGCAAUGUGAUUGGAGAACUUUUUCGUGAGGUGAAAGAUGUUGAGCCCCAUGGUGGCUCCAUCCGAUCCUUCAGUCGUGAAGUGGCGAGACAGUCCUACGACCAUGACAUGGAAGUCGAUGGCUUUGAGGAUUACAUUGAAGAUGCCCUCUAUUAUAAAAGCAAUUAUGAUUCCAUAUUGGGAAAUCUGUUGGACUAUUAUGGGAUCAAGACAGAGGCUGAAAUACUCAGUGGCAGUGUCAUGAAAAUGUCAAAAUCUUUCACCAAGAAGAGGGAUAUGGAUCCUAUAAACAUGGCGGUGAGGUCCUUAAGAAAGGAUGCUCGGACAUGGUUCAAUGAGAAGGCAACUGGUUUAAAUUCUGGAGCUGAUGAUGUAUAUGCAAAAGCUUCAGCCUGGUAUCAUGUCACAUAUCAUCCCAAGUAUUUUGGUUGCUACAAUGAGGGAUUGAAUCGUGACCAUUUUAUCAGCUUCCCAUGGUGCGUUUAUGAUAAGCUGGUCCAUAUCAAAAAGGAAAAGGCAAGUGUGAGAAGGGCUCUAAACCUCUCAUCUCUGGAGAGUCGGUUUAGGAAUGGCUUGCAUUUGAACUGAGGAAAAUCAAACUACUUGAUAUUUGUGUUGUCGGUGAUGGUGGUGGUGUAAGUUCAACAAGGAUAAAAUCUGAGGUAAAUUAUGUGUGCUUUUAUGUAUGCUGGUGAUAAAAACUUGGAAGUACAUUAGCUUAUUGUAUAAUAGAUUGAUGUUUGGUUUCUUGUUUCUGAUUCAAAAGUGGGUUUGAAAGCUCGCGUUACUUUUCA